GUUCCAGGCCAGAGGCGGUGACUCCAGAUCAGCCGGAGGGCGGCUCGAUCAGCGCGGGGACAGAGGGACACCGGGCAGGUGGCUGGGCGCCUGGGGAGAGGAAAAGAGGGGCGUGGCAGGAAGCGCGAGGGCGGAGCCUGCUGGGCGGUGGCGGCCGCGGCGGGAGCGGCCCGGGAGGUCGGCAUGGCCGGCGUGGGCCUCGGCGCCGCCGUCCCGGUGUGGCUGUGCGAGGAGGACCUGGCUUGCGUCAUCUGUCAAGGGCUCCUGGACUGGCCGGCCACGCUGCCCUGCGGUCACAGCUUCUGCCGAGAGUGCCUGGCCAGCCUGUGGGGAGCGCAGUUCAAGGGCGUGGCAGGCCGGGCCUGGGCCUGCCCCACCUGCCGGGAGGGCCCGGAGACGCAGCCCGCCCUGCGCAAGAACACCCUGCUGCAAGACCUGGCUGACAAGUUCAGACGCGCCGCGCAGGAGCCCGAGGCGGGCCUCGAACCCGCACCCUCGACGUCGCCGCGCCGCAUCGCGCAGCCGGUAGCAGUACAGAAAAGCACCACACAAGUUGCCCAGGAGCUGACAGAAUUGGUCCAACAGCUUGUGGACAUUGUCAAGAACCUUCAGAAGCAGAUACUCAGCUCAGAAUCUAGACGGGACAAUAAGCUGGACAUCCUGGGCAUGGUUUCUUUCUCUGGGGCGGAACAUUCCUUGAUUUUGCCAAAGCUAGUGACUUCCAACACAUCUGAGGAGAAAAUAAGUGAUAUUCUCCAUGAUCUAGAAGAAAUUCAGGAAAAAUUGCAAGGGAAUGUCACAUGCAAAGAUGGUCCUGCAGAACACAUACAGGAAAUGCCGUCUUCCUCUUCAUGCCUGCUGCCUGAUCAAAGGUGCUCUGUACCCAGGAGAGCAUCUCAGUUUGCCCUAUGGGCCAUCAGUCCAACCUUUGACUUGAGGAGCCUCUCCUGUAGCCUGGAGGUGUCCAACAAUUGCCGGACAGUAACCGUGUCUCGCUGUCUACAAUCUUAUAGCUGGAGUCCUGAGAGAUUUUUAAUCAGCCAGGUCUUAUGUUCCCAAGCCCUCUCUUCUGGGAAGAAGUACUGGGAAGUGGACACUAGGUACUGCAACCACUGGGCUGUUGGGGUGGCUUCUUGGGGCAUGAGCCGGCACCAGAUGCUGGGAAGGACUGUGGACUCAUGGUGUAUAGAGUGGAAGGGGACUGGUCGGUUGUCUGCCUGGGCCAUGAUGAAGAAAACUGACCUUGACUCAGAUUGCCCUGAGGUUGUAGGCAUAUGGCUGGACCUUGAGGCAAGAAAGCUUGCCUUCUACUCAGUUGGCAAUCAGGAUAGGCUUCUGUAUGAGUGUGAAGUUUCUGCCUCUCCUCUGCAUCCUGCCUUCUGGCUGUAUGGCUUAAGUCCUGGAAAUUCCCUGGAAAUAAAGCAAGUAAAGACAUAAAGGUUCCCCAGGGGUUAGAGCAAUGGCUUCCUGGUCUGUCUGAUAAGUGGCAGUUUAGGAAUUCUACUUAUAGCCAGGUGCGGUGGUGCAUGCCUUUAAUCCUAGCACUCUGAAGGCAGAAGUAGGUGGAUCUCUGUGAGUUAGAGGCCAGCCUACAUAGUGAAUUCCAGGCCAGCCAGGGCUACAUAGUGAGACCCUGUCUCAAAAACAAAGCAAAACAACAACAACAAAAACAAAACAAAACAAAACAAAAAAACAGCUGGAUGUGGAAGCACAUACCUUUAAUCCCAGAACUGGGGAGGAAGAGGCAGGUGGUAUAUGACUAACUAAGCAGGGUUGAGGUCUUUGAACCUUGCACAUUUCAGAGAAAGGGCUGGCCUCUGACUGGCACCUGGGAGAUGACCUCUAAGGCAUUGGAAUAGCCUGCCUAAUAAGAGUGACUUUGUUUACCUGGGGCUUUGGACCAUUCACCAGGGAAGGAGGCUCAGCCAGCCUUGUGGGCAGUGAGACAUGCCUACAUGACUGAUCCCCCCAACUAAAAGCCCUAGAUACCAAAGCUUGGGUGAGCAUCCCCAGUUGGCAGUACACCAUCCAUGUCCCUACAUAUCACUGUUGGAAUGGGGAGCACUGUCCUCGAGACUAGUGGCAGAGGGUAAUUGGGAGCCUUUGUGGAGUCUACCUUGUGUGUCUUUUUCUACUGAUGAUUUUAUUUUGUGGCCUUUCAUUGUAAUAAACUGAAAUGUGUAUUACA